AUGGCUUCUGCAGCAGAGACGGGGGCCCCUGGCGGUGUACAUACACCCCGUGAGGGGCCCCCCCUGAGUGCAGCAGCAAAAGAAACAAAACAAAAGGAUACACAAACUAAGCAACAGCCAGCAGCAGAAGAAGCAAACACAACGCAUGCAGCAGCAGCAGCAGCAGGUGCAGCAGAUACUGCAGCAGCAAAUGCAACAGCAACAGAUGAAACAGCACCAGCAGCAGCAGCAGCAGCAGCAGCAGAUGCAGCAGCAGCACAUGCAGCAGCAGUAGAUGCAGCAGCAGCUGAAGACACAGUCAAGAGCCAUGCGGAGCCCAAACAUAACGAUGUGCAGCAGAUACUGCAGCAGCAAAUGCAACAGCAACAGAUGAAACAGCACCAGCAGCAGCAGGGUCGUUCUGUUUCCCCCCCGUCUGAGUUUCGUCGUCAGCACCGUCCCUCUUUGAAGCACAGCAACACGAGCAGCAACAGCAGCAGCAGCAGCAGCAGCAGCAGCAGCAGCAGCAGCAGCAGCAGCUCUCACCCUCAUCGUUCAGUUACAUUCAAAGACAAGGUGCUGGUGGCGGAGGUCCCCAUAGAGAAAGACAGCCCCACGCCCAUCCCCCUCACCGACCCCCUAGCAACCCCACCCCCAGUAACACACAGACACCAGCAGCAGCAGCAGCAGCAGCAGCAGCAGCAGCAGCUGCAGCAGCAGCAGCAGAAGCUGCAGCAGCAGGGAAGGCUGCAGAAGAUCCCUUCAGGAGAAAUGAGCAGCAACUUGCUGCAGCAGCAGCAGCAGCAGCAGCUGCUGCUGCUGCUGCCUCAUGGGGGCUGA